CUAAAAAUCUAAACAUCAAUUUUAAACGGACUUGUAAUAAUUUGUGCAUUUAUUACUGAUUAAGAAUAUUUAUAUAUAAUUGUUUCAAAAUAUAAAAAGUAAUGAUGAAUACAUGAUUAAAAAGAUAAGUUGUAUUACAGUUUCACAUGAUGUCUGCGUUUCCUAGUUAUAGUUUUUUGAAAAACUGUAGCUAUAUCUUCGAGACCUCUUAUCAAGAUAACCACUUAAAAACAUCCAAGGAAGAUUCGAAGCAACUCAAACUACACCAUCUUCCAAUUUGUUCGCCUCCUCAAAAUAAAACGUAUUAUCCACAUUUAUUACCCAAGCAGAUAUUUACACAGGAAACACUAAUCCCAUAUUCACAUCCCUUAAAAUUAUUUCAAAAGGACUGUUUUCGAUCCCGAUUAAAUCCAGCAAUAUCUCCCACUGUAAAAAGCAAUAACAAAAAGUUACGCAGCGAGAAACGACAUAUUCCUGAUGAACAAAAAGAUGAAAAAUAUUUUGAAAGACGAAGGCGGAAUAAUCAAGCUGCCAAGAAAUCUAGAGAUGCUAGGAAAAUAAGGGAGGACCAGAUAGCGCUUAGAGCAGCAAUCUUAGAACACGAAAACGCAGUUUUAAGAGCUCAAGUUCUGAGCCUUAGAGAAGAAGCUUCAUCUUUGAGGCAACUCUUGCUGCACUGCAAAUCUUUCGACAUGCCUCAAACAGAUGUUCAAGUUUGUGUAGUUGCUCAAUAA